ACCGAAGGGGUGGGGCCUAGCGGGUCUGUCGUUGCCAGGCGACAGGAGAAUGAGUUGGGCCUAGUUCAUUUCGGAGCUAAGUUUUAGAAGCUCUCCGUUUACUACAAAUUCUCCCUUGCUGGGAGGGCCGAUAAACCUAUUUUUUUUAAAAUAGAAUAAACUUUCCUGCAUUAAGCUCAGCCUCAUUACUGCCACUUAAGGAUUUGCACUCUGCACAUGCUCAGAGGUUACUCCCCUCUGACCACUGCUUGACAUUUCAUGAUGGGGGACAUCCUUGCGUAUGAAGCGGAACUUCUUGGAAUGGUGAAAGAGUAUUUGGACUAUGCAGAGUUUGAGGAGACUGUGAAAACUUUCACAAAGGAAUGCAAAAUAAAAGGGAAGCCCUUGCCUAAAACGGGAGGUAGUUGUGCAAAGGACUCUAAGACUCUAAUAAUCCAGGAUCUUCUGACUUCCUUCACCGACGGAGACCAAGAUGUCUUCUUUGAACUCUGGGAGGAACACAUCCCUUCCGCAGUGCGAGAGAAAGAAGCCCUUGCCCAGAAGCUGGAAUUCUACCUUCACAUUCAUUUUGCCAUCUUCCUUUUAAAGCACUCUGUGGGGAAGCCGAACAAAGCUGCUUUGGAUAAAAGGAUUUUGUGCUUUAAAACCUACCUGGAAACCAAAGGGGCGGGCCUGAGCCAGACAACAGAAUUCCUCCCUUUCUACGCUUUGCCUUUUGUUCCCAACCCUAUGAUCCACCCUUCCUUCAGAGAACUGUUCCAGGACUCUUGGGAGUCUGAUCUGAAAACAAGGUUGGAAGAGUUUCUGUCUGUGACGCUAAAAGCCACUAAUACCCCAAGGCUUUUGACGUUAUAUAAGGAGAAUGCACAGUGCAGCCAAGAAAUGCUGCAGCAGCUUCAUCAGCAGCUGGUGGAGUCUGAACGCAAAACUAUGACUUACCUCAAGCGAUUCAAUAAAAUCCAGGCCGACUAUCACAACCUGAUUGGGGUCACGGCCGAACUGGUGGAUUCCCUGGAGGCCACAGUUAGUGGCAAAAUGAUCACCCCAGAAGACCUACAGAGUGUUUGUGUCCGUUUGUUUAGCAACCAGAUGAGGCAGAGUGUGGCCCACAGCAUUGACUUCACAAGGCCUGGAACUGGAUAUUGCUGUAUGAGCCCCUGUGAUGAUGGAUAUGCUGCCAACAUGUUAAGAGCAUCAUUAGCUCCUGUGAAAGUACAAGAAGUGCCCCUCUUGCCUUCUUUGGAUUAUGAGAAGCUCAAGAAGGACCUGGUGGAUGGCAAUGACCGCCUAAAAGCCUUUCUCCUGCAAGCAUUGCGUUGGCGUUUGACAACAUCUCACCCCGGUGAGCAGAGGGACACAGUGCUGCAGGCUUAUAUCAACAAUGACCUUUUGGAUUGCUACAGCAGUGUCCAGAGAAGUGUGUUGAUGCUGAUACAGUCGAAGAAUGAGGUGGUUCGUCAGUAUACAGCCAGGCUGAUCAAUGCUUUUGCCUCAUUGGCUGAAGGUCGGCUUUAUCUUUCCCAGAAUCCCCGCUUGCUCCGAAUGCUGGAAGAGAGGCUGAAAGCUGAGGACAAGUAUUCUCUUACCCGAGAGAAUGUCCUGGGAGCUUUGCAGAAACUCAGCCUCAGGCGGGCUUUGCAGUCGGUGAUGAUCAAGGAUGGGCUCAUUCUGUGGCUGGUGGAAGCCUUGAAGGAUACAGACAGCAUGUCUGAUUACACCUUGGCUUACUCAGUUGCCUUGCUCAUGAACCUUUGCCUUCGCAGCGCAGGGAAGAAAAUGUGUGUGAAGAUUGCAAAUGAGGUACUCAAAGUUCUCUCGGAUCUUCUGGGCCAUGAGAAUCACGAGAUCCAUCCCUAUGUGAAUGGAGCACUUUACAGCAUCCUUGCUAUUCCGUCCAUACGAGAGGAAGCUCGAGCAAUGGAAAUGGAAGACAUUCUGCGCUGCUACAUUGAGGAAGGAAAUGCUGAUAUGAUCCAGCAGAUUGAGUUCAUUAUCAAGCAGCUUAAAUCAGAUGAACCACUGGAUGAUAGCGCUGAGUCUGAUGAUGAGGAAAAAGAAGAUAAUGACGAAGAAGACCAUAACAGCAUGGAAGCCGAUCUAGAUAAAGAUGAAGUGUUGCAGCCUCAGCCAGGGGAGCUGUCAGGCGAGAAACUCUUGACUACAGAAUACUUGGGUAUAAUGACCAAUACGCCCAAAGCCAAGAGGAAGCCGGUUCCCAGCCUGCAGCAGAGCGUUGAUGAACCCUUCCAGAGGCCCAUGACGCCGGGCUGCCACAGGGGCACCACCUACGCAACCGAGAAAGUCUUAAAACCUGCAGGGCCUAAACGAGAGGUGUUUGCAAAACAGGAGGCGUUGAUUGCUAUUCCUGACAGGUCAGAACAUGAUGCCGUAUCUUCUGGUAGCGGGGAGAGCCGUGUCCAGCACAGACAGAUCCAGAUCUCCGAGUCUGUCAUGUACAGCAGGAGGAGACCCAGCUUGUCAGAUCUUUCUUCCUCUUUGGCAUCCGUUGAAACAGAAAUGUCUGAGAGGUCCUCGGUGCAUUCUGGAACAAGUCAACGUGUCGCUCCUGCUGCUGAUAUCCUGUUUCUCGAGUCCCCAGAUUGUUCCCAGGACAGUGGAAAUGGAUUGUCCAACCGUGAUUUCCUCUCUGGCUUUGCCAGCAAAUCAAAGUUUCCCUGCUCUCCAGACUCCCAGAACAUCAAACCUGGAAGGGGGAAGAUCCCCACCAUUGCACCCCAGUUCUCCCAGUCUGGGCCCCAGCAAACCAGUCGCCCCGGUUCUUCCGGAUCAUCAGCACGAAGCAGGCAGAGCAGCCAAUCCUCUCGGAGGUGAGGACAGGUCCUAUCCUCAGGGAUCACCCGUCCAAGCGCCGAAGAUGAGACCUGGCCAACUUCCUGCAACAGGAAUCUCGCCCAGUUUGCAGGCCAAAUGGACUGGUGGACACCUUAUACACUAAGAUUUAUCUGAUGGGAAGAGCCCUUUCGUUGGCUCUUCAACCAAGCUGAAGAAUCUUGCCUGGAGCAUAUUUGUAUUCCCAGUAUGUACAGUUGAAGAUCCUUUUGGUUUGUUCGGUUUUUUCACCAGAAAUCACAAACUAACAACACUCCCUGUUGGUGUGAACAUCCUAAGAGGAUACGGUUAUGACACAUUAGUUGGACGGUGACUGUUUGCCUCUUUGGUGGAUGCCAUCAGCUGCACUCACACUCCUUGGAGCACUCACACUUUCCUUCCUCUUCCAUCCUUGUUUUUGUCUUUUCUGUACUUCACAAGGUACGGGUCUCCAAUAUUUUGCUUCAGUCUUCCUUUUGGGGUCUGCAGGUUGGCAACUUGAACAAGCUACAGAUGCCUGGGACAGGUGACAAGUCAGUAGUCGAACUAAGCAGCUGCAUAGUUAGACUUCCGCAUACAGUAGAGUUCCAGUUAUUCAACAUAAGCAGGUGGGCCAAAUGUCAGAUAACCAAAACUGUUGGAUAAUAGGGAGGCCCUAUUAUCCCUCCCGGCAAGCUGGGUGCUUGCUGAAGGGAAGAGUCUUGUCCCUCUGGCAAGCACCUAGUUUAGAGAAACCCGCUUCAUGUUGCUGCCUAGCAAAUGUACUGGGCUUCUCCAAAGUGCCGGGUGCUUGCCGGAGGGAAGAGCCUCAUCCUUCUGGCAAGCACCCGGUUUAGAGAAGCAUGUUGAUAGGCAGUUUCAUCCCUCCAGCAAGCACCCUGGGCCACAUGGCCUGGUACGUUGGAUAAUACGGUACGUUGGAUAACCCAAAGUUGGAUAACCGGAACUCUACUGUACCUGUUUCAGACAGUUGUUUUUUUUAAAAAAAUAAGCCAUAUGUUGGUGCCGUCUUUUUUCGGGGAUGCUAAAGAACCCCAAUAAAAUAAAAUCAAAAUCUUUAUUACGGUCACCGACCAGCAUAAGUUGUUACGGGUUUGUAGAAAAAACAAACUGCGUGCAGUCCUGUCCAGACUUAUCCAGUCCUUUGUUUCUUAUCCACAAUGAGCAAAAGAAAAACAAGCCACGAAAAUGGAAGAGAAAAUCAAAAUUUACUCUUAAGUAGCAGAGUCAAAAAUCAUAAUAAAACUUCCAGCAACAAAACUCACAUAAAGUCUCUUGCAUUAAAUUCAUGCAUCUUCAUAGUAGGCUCUCAGCAAGCAUUCAGUAAGUCCCCCAAAAGACAUUACAAACAUUUCCCAGAUAUACCCCAUUCAGGGAGUGGCUCAAGCCUGUUAGCCCUGAUUGUUCCAAUUACUCAACCAUGAGUUGUAAUUGACCAGGUGUUUUUCUCUUAACACACACAUACACAAGUAGUGAUCCCACAGAAACUUAGUCACAUACAUGCAUAUACAGUAAUAUAAGUGGGGUACAUAAAGCAUGUAGAUAAAAUCUAAAAGGCUAAAAAAACACAAAGGUAUGUUGAGCGGUAAAACACAAAAUUCUUUAGAGAAGGGAUUGGACAAAAAAAGAACCCCUAAAGAACCCCUUUCUCUGCUGAUGUGAGUUGGACCUGGAGGGACAGGGACAAGGAGCUGGUCUGCCCAUGCAAAAAGGUUGACAUCCAAGACCUCAUAUGCUGCACUGUGUGAAUUGGGGCCUAGGAACAACUGCAAAGUCACACUUCCCUUACCCAUCAUUAGGUUGGAACUAUAUGGGGCAAAUUUGCAGACAGAGCCUGUCUAUAAAGACACGAUGGAAGGUAUUCCAUUUGGGAAGGUCCUUUGGAUGGAGGGACAUCUAGAGCCAAGGUGGCAACCAUGUACGUGUCUGGAGCCUCCACCCCACAAGCCCAAAUAUAUCUUAUUUUCUUCUGCAACCCCAUUUAAAGUAGUGUCUUAACGUGAUGUCAUGUCACAUCACUUCCUGUCACCACUUUGAAAUGGCUUGCAGAGGAACACAAGUAAUGAGAACAGCAAUAUAGGAUAGUUGUGUGAGUCAUUUAGAGAGUAUUUAUGUGUAUUUUUACACAGAGGAGGCUCUACCCCAGGCAUGGGCAAACUUUGGCCCUCCGGGUGUUUUGGACUUCAACUCCCAGAAAUCCCAGCCAGCUUUUAAGCUGGCUGGGAUUUCUGGGAGUUGAAGUCCAAAACACCCGGAGGGCCAAAGUUUGCCCAUGCCUGCUUUCCUGUUACACUGCUGUUUACCAUUGGUUGUGUCUCUUAAUAAAGCUUUGGAUUGCCAUAUUGAUUGGUGUGCCUUUGAGAUCCAGCAUGCAUUACUGUCCAGCUUGCGCAAAAGGCAUAAUAUCAUGGGAGUUGGGGGAAACCCUCAAGUCCAUCCAGUCCAACCCCCUUCUGCCAGACAGGAAGACACAAUUCAACCCCUCCUGGAAGAUGUCCAUCCAUGGUCUCCAGAGAAGGAGAGUCCACCAGAUUCCCAGGCAUAAUAUUCAGCGGUGGAACAACUCCUACCAUCAUGAAAUUAUUUCUAAUUUUAAGAUGGAAUCUCUUUUCUUUGAAUCCACUGAUCCAUUGUCUCAUAGACUCCAGAGCAGCAUUCUUUUUAAUGUGGCAUCCUUUCAAAUAUUUAAACACGACUGUCAUGUCCCUUCUCAAUUUUCUGCAGGAUAAACAUGCCCUUAAGUGCUCCUUAGAAAGAUUCAUAGUUUCCAGACCUUUGACCAUGUUGGUUGCCUUUCUCUGGACACCUUUCAGCUUGUCCGUAUCCUUGAAUUACUCUAUAUAUUGAAACACGAUUUUUGUCCUGGGUUGUAAAUGUCAUUCCCUAAUUGGGUCUAUCAUAUAAACAUGGGAAAAGUGCAUUAAAAUGAUCUUGUUUUGUUUUUUUGCUGGAGGGACAUCCUGCAGCAGAUUUUGCUAUAGAUUUUCUUCAAUGAAUAUCUCAUCAAGUCUCAACCAAUUCAACCUAGUUUGUGGCAGCCACAAAAACAAGGUUUCUGGAGGAGAACAAUGACUUUCAAAGUAAGUAAGUAUCACACAAUUAAAUAGUAAUAACACUAUCAUAAUAAUGGUGUUCCAUGCAGUCAUGCCAAUGGCCACAUGACCUUGGAGGUGUCUACGGACAACGCCGGCUCUUUGGCUUAGAAAUGGAGAUGAGCACCAACCCCCAGAGUGUGAGUAGAUCAAUAGGUACUGCUCUGGUGGGAAGGUAACGGCGCUCCAUGCAGUCAUGCCAAUGGCCACAUGACCUAGGAGGUGUCUACGGACAACGCCGGCUCUUUGGCUUAGAAAUGGAGAUGAGCACCAACCCCCAGAGUGUGAGUAGAUCAAUAGGUACUGCUCUGGUGGGAAGGUAACGGCGCUCCAUGCAGUCAUGCCAAUGUCCUCAUGACCUAGGAGGUGUCUACGGACAACGCCGGCUCUUUGGCUUAGAAAUGGAGAUGAGCACCAACCCCCAGAGUGUGAGUAGAUCAAUAGGUACUGCUCUGGUGGGAAGGUAACGGCGCUCCAUGCAGUCAUGCCAAUGGCCACAUGACCUAGGAGGUGUCUACGGACAACGCCGGCUCUUUGGCUUAGAAAUGGAGAUGAGCACCAACCCCCAGAGUUGGACACAACUGGACUUAACGUCAGGGGAAACCUUUACCUUUACUAACACUAUCAAACCAGGAAUAUAAUUUUUCCCACAUUUUGUUACAUAGUGUUAUGGCACUCAGACCUAGACACAGGGUCAUCCCAGGUGAGGUCUUCCCAAAGCAGAACAGAGUGUCCUUUUUCUGGACACAUGCCGCCUUGUUGAUAUCUUUGAAUUGUGGUGCCCAGAUCUGGAAACCGUAUUUGAGGUGAUGUCUGAACAGGGAGAUGCACUUAUCAUAGGUUAACAAUUUCCCAGGGAAGAAAAGUAGGGUGGAUCGUACAUUAAUUUAACAGGAUUUUCUAUCUUGAAAAAUUAAUGCAUGAUUUGAACUGUCCUGGCUCAGGUACACAGAAUCCUCCUUCCAUGGCUGAAUGAGGAGUCGAACACAGGCUUCAGAGAGUCUUGGUCCAAUACUUUAGGCCAUGUUGCUUCUGUUUGGAAAUUUAUUUCAGGUAGUUUGGCCUUGCCUUCCUCUGAAUCAGUUGUGGAAACUACGUUCAGGGGCAAACAGAUGUUGAGGAACGGGAACCCUUCAAAGAUGGUUAGGAGCCCACGUGGGCUUCUCUUCAUGGAUGUCAUUUUUUUUAAUUGUAAUUUAUUAUUACCAUUAUUAUUUUUGGGUAAACAGUUGAUUAUAGUUAUGGUACAUAAUAGAACAACAAAUCAUAGCAGAUAUAGUCAGGUAACAAUAAUUUUGAUGUAUACAUGCAUAUCUGCAUUAGUCAAUCAACCAGUUAAUUCUGACAUUGAGUACAUAUUAUCAGUAACUUAAAACAUAUAGACUUGCUAUUUCUACAUGUUAUCCACUAAUUUCAGUCAAAAUUUUCUACUCAUUUUAAAAAAAUUACCGUAUAUACUUGAAUAUAAGCCGACCCAAAUAUAAGCCGAGGCACCUAAUUUUACCACAAAAAAACUGGAAAAACAUUGACUCCAGUAUAAGUCGAGAGAGGUAAAUUUCAGAAAUAAAAAUAGAUACCAAUAAAAUUACAUUAAUUGAGGCAUCAUUAGGUUAAAUGUUUUUGAAUACAGUAGAGUUUCACUUAUCCAAGCCUUGCUUAUCCAAGCCUCUGGAUAAUCCAAGCCAUUUUUGUAGUCAAUGUUUUCAAUAUAUCAUGAUAUUUUGGUGCUAAAUUCGUAAAUACAGUAAUUACAACAUAACAUUACUGCAUAUUGAACUACUUUUUCUGUCAAGUUUGUUGUAUAACAUGACAUUUUGGUGCUUAAUUUGAGAAAUCAUAACCUAAUUUGAUGUUUAAUAGGUUUUUCCUUAAUCCCUCCUUAUUAUCCAAGAUAUUCGCUUAUCCAAGCUUCUGCCAGCCCGUUUAGCUUGGAUAAGUGAGACUCUACUGUAUUUACAUAAAGCUCAAAUUUAAGAUAAGAUUGUCCAACUCUGAUUAAAUCAUUAUUCUCAUCUUCAAUGUCAAUGUGCUUAUAUAUCCUUUUAAUAAUAAUAGAGUAAAAUAAUACAUGUAAUAAUAAUAAUAAUAAUACAGGAAAAUAAUACAUGUAAUAAUAAAUAGAGUAAAAUAAUAAAUGUAAUAAUAAUAAUAAGAUCAGAGUGAAAUAAGAAAUGUAUCAAUAAUAACAAUAAUAAAAAUAGAGUAAAAUAAAUGUAAUACCCUGUUUCCCUGAAAAUAAGACAUCCCCAGAAAAUAAGACCUAGUAGAGGUUUUGCUGAAUUGCUAAAUAUAAGGCCUCCCCUGAAAGUAAGACCUAGCAAAGUUUGUGUUUGGAAGCAUAUCCGCCAAAUAGAACACCAGAGCAUGCAGGAUAGGGACGUACCAUAGAUUGUUGUACAUGAAAAUAAUGGUAGUAACAAGAAAUUCUUGAUAGGGUUCAUAGUUUGUCUUGUUAUGCUGGUUUGUGAUGACAACUACUAUACAGUAUAUAAUAAAUGUUCAUUUUUUUUGUUCAACAAAUGUGAAUUCUUCUUCAUGGAAAAAUAAGACAAUCCCCUGAAAAUAAGACCUAGUGCAUCUUUGGAAGCAAAAAUUAAUAUAAGACACUGUCUUAUUUUUGGGGAAACACAGUAGUAGCAACAAUAAUAGAGAAAAUAAUAAAUGUAAUAGUACCAAUAAUAAUAGAGAAAAAUAAUAAAUGUACCAUAUAUUCUCGAGUAUAAGCAGACCCAAAUAUAAGCCAACCAGGACCCUCACCCGAGUAUAAGCCGAGGGGGGCUUUUUCAGUCUUAAAAAAAGGGCUGAAAAACUAGGCUUAUACUCGAGUAUAUACAGUAAAUAUAAGAGUUCACCCUAACAUUAAAACAACAAUACAUGAUUAUUACACAUGACAGACCAUACACACACCCAAAACCCCUAUCUCACACAAAAUAAAACUUCUUAAUUCAUGGAUGUCAUUACUGAGGUUUGGGCAAGUUUGUUUUCUGAUGCUACAAAGACUAGGGCACAAUGGCACAAUGGGUUCAAACUGCAGGAAAAGAGAUUCCACCUAAACAUUAGGAAGAACUUCUGAUGGUAUAUCCAUGGAAUCUACUGCUGGUGAGGCCUCCUUCUUUGGAGUUUUUUAAGCAGAGGCUGGGUGGCCAUCUGUCAGGAGGGCUUGAAUUGUGUCUUCUUGCAUGGCCCAAGGGGUUGGACUGGGUAGCCCUUGGGUCUCUUCUAACUCUGUGUUCCUAUGUUCUUCAAAACACAAGCCGGUAGGAAAGACUUGCAGCGAAGAUAACUGCCGACAGUCUGAAGACCAACAAUGGCAACACAACAAUGGCAACAACCCAGAAAACGUCAACCUUUUCAACAGGAUGGCUGACCUUGGCGGCGUCCAGGCUCUUCUGGGGAAACAAACCUCCGCAUUGUGAACCGGUGUGUUUCGCUGCCUUUCAGCACCAAUGUUCUCAAUGGCAGGAAACCGCACGCUUUGUGGCCGUUGAAAAGCGUCUCCGCGCUUUGCCAAGUUGUUAUCUGGUGCCUCUUCCCAACUCCCUCCAGCGGACUUUUUCCCCUUGCCCGAGCUCAUCUUUUCCAGAACGCGAAUGAGGAAUGUGAUGGUUUAUUAUUCCCAAAAAUAUCCCUUUCGUUCCCGAAGAAUUUGCUGAGCUUAGCAAGAAGGCAAGAUACCACUUCUCGGAGCCCUCCUGUGAAACAAAUAGAUCAAAGAGAGAAUUUGGGAAAAUAGUGGGUGACGUAUUUUUGAUACCUCUGGGUAUCUUCCCACUUCCAUGAUGGCUGGAAAAUUCAAGGCUUAGAUUUGCUUUGCGUCAAAUGUAAGAGAGAUGUGGCAUUUCAGUAGCGUAAUAUCUCUCAUCUUGGAAACUUAGGCUCGGACUUGGAUCGGGGACAAGGAAUGGAUACCAGGCGCUGUAAGCUAUAUUUCAGAGGAAGAGAUUGGCAAAACCUCUGAAUAUUCCUUGCGUGAGAAAACACUAUAAAAUUAAUGUGGUUGCUGCAAGUCAACAGGAAACUUGGAGGAAUAUACACACACCUUGGAUGGGUCCAGAUGCCAAAUGGUGGUUCCUGAUACAUAGGCUAAGAACGUAGAACUAAAGAUGAUUUUAAUAUGAAAAGGGCAGGGAAGGAACCUUGCGUUAUUGUUAAGACGCAACAAUUUAUUUUAACAGGGAGUUUUGGUGUCUGCAGAGGCAUUGGUUACCAAAUAAACCCUUACCUGAUAUUCAGAGAAUACCAUCUGUCCUCGAAAAACCUUUGGUAAAUAUACCUCCUACCUGCCCAAAUGUUAUGGUUGAGCCUUCGGGCUCCGGUAAUAGAAGAAGGGGUCAUAAGACUCCUCGAGAGUCAGACUCCUUCGAGGAGCGUGAAAGAAAGUGGCUCCGGGAUUUGUUUGCAGAACCGACAGAUGAGGACUCAUUUGAGGGUUUUUCUGAGGGUUUGGUGGAAGAGAUGGCCAGCUCGGAGGAGGACGACAUGGAAUGGACUCAUGUGAGGGAGGAUUUGGGUGUUGGGGAAACAGGCAAUGAAAGCAUGGGAGGUGAUUGGCGGGUUACAGGAUCAGACCCAUGGACUGGCUGGAGGGAUGGAGCGGGAUCCACAGCUGGGGAUGCUGUGGGGCGUAGUCAAAGGUGCUUAAGCUCUGAUGAGGAUGAUGAUGUUGGGGCGCCUGGAAUUGGAAUGGCAGCUGACAGCGAUGAUGAGCUUGAACUGGGAUAAAAUGGGGUUUGGGAUCAAUGUCUAAUUGCGUUGGGCAAGGUAAUCUGGACGGACGCUUGGGCUUUUGUUGCGGAACUUCCUGAAGACGGGUGUGAUUCGUUACUGGAUACGUAAGUUUACCAAGAACACUGGGCAUCGACGGCGGGAGGAACUGUGCGGGGUUUUUCUCUGUGCAACUUGUGUUUAAUCUCGAUAGCUUGGAUCUCCGUCGUCUUUUUGACGGGCAAUACCUACUCACACUGGAUUGACGCUGGACUGACUGACUUCGAUUCCGGAUUAUCCCUUCUGCUGGCUAUCGGUGAGACCUUUGGAUUCCUUGACGACUACGCUUGGCUAAAGACCUCUGGACCGGAUUGGGACCCUGCUGACUGCCGUUACCCUGACUGCUGUGCCUGGACCUGGAUAUCGUUGGCCGCUGAAUCUUAAGCUGAAUCCUGACUACGACCACGCUUUCAUUCGCUGCAGGAAGGAAUAAACAAGCCUGGUUUAUUCCCCUGCUGUUUCUGAAUAGCAGAGAGGAAUCUGCCACCAGUCUGUUGUUUACAUUCUCACUCCUGUUGAUCCUCUUUUGUUUGCAUUGUUUGCCAGGCUGAAGUAAGCACUUUGAUUUAAUCCGGAUUAUACUUCUGUUUAACCCGGUUUAUCCAUUUGAACCAUUUAAGCUCAAACUGAGCUGUUUUUUGUUACUUAUCACAUUGAAGUCAAGUGUUUGCCCUGUUCUUUGUUUCCUACGGGCGUUUUUUAGUUCUGUAACCUCAAUAAACUGAGUUUUGUUUUA